UCGGUUGGUGACAUCCCGGCCUAGCCGGUGAGCCCCUUGCCGCCUUAGGGGUGAAGCGAGGGUUAGCCGCGGGGUGAGGUCACAUCGACUGUAAAUCGCAUCCAAAUCACCACUCUUGGAAAACAUCAAGCAUGGACCUCCCGAAGGACGUUUAUCCUACUCCUCUAGAGAGGGAGUUAUGGGCCAAGGCUGUACAAACUCCAGGUGAGGUGACAGACGCCGAAAGACUCAUUGUACUUCGACAAGCGGACCUCACUACACAAAUUGCCCACGCCCUCGAAGUCAGUGGAUUAACACCGGAAGAAUUGGAGAACAAAGCCCUCACAAGUCCCGAGUCGAUGACAUCUGAAGAAUGCCGUUUAAUGAGAAAUGGGUACCACAUUUGGGAUCCAUGGGAGUCGACAGCAAACAGCAAAAUUCACUGGUGUCACGAGGAUCGGACGGCUCACUUGAAAGCUCGUCGUGCACUUGUAACUCCUCGGGAUGACGCUGUAUCGUUAGCUGUUAGAUGUCGGGCAAACGACUUUUCAGCUGCCAGAGCAAAAGAAACCAAGGCGAGAUUGGAGAGUUACGCUGAGGACAUGAAGCAGCCUUGCAAAUGGGUACGGAAACUUAUCGACCCAUCCGUGUCAUGGAGCAAUCAGACUAGACGCUGGGGGUUUGUUGUCUUCAGGGAUAGUGCAACAAUUGGUGACAGCAACAAUGACUCUUGGGAAAGGUUUCUUACGGUUAUGGACAGUCGCGUGGAUGAGGGCCUCAGGCUGUUGAAGGGCGGCACAGCCAUCAUCCCAACGAAAGAGUUUACUUUCUCAGACGGGCUUGUGUCUGAGAGUAGCCCUGAAAUUUUACGCAGCAUUUUCCAAGACCGAGUGGCAGGAGAGGUUGACCCAAAUCCACGUAUUCUGACUAAUACUUUCCUACUCGUCACUCCCGAGGUUGUGAAUGCGUGCAUUAACACUCGUACACCGUGGAUAUGGGCGUAUGACGCGAAGUUCGUCCCUUCAACCACACCUCCUCCUCCACCUCCAUCAGCAGAUUCAGCAGCUGGGGCGGAGCAUUAUGAAGGCCGAUUAAAGGUCAGUUUGUAUACGUUAUUGACCUGGUUCUAUGCUGUGCGAUCUGAGGAGCUUUACAGCAUGGACCUUUUUUGGGAACUAGCGCAGAAACAACCGGUUCAGGCUUGGAGUGUUCCAACUCAAUCGGGACUUUAUCACCAUCCGCUUGUUAUUCUCAAGAAGGGCACACUGUAUCCAUCCAACACGUAUGAGCUUGAAAAUGGCCCGUAAGGC